AUGCGUACAUCAUGCUCCUCUCGUCAUAGUGGCCACACAUCAAGUUCAACACGUGGCCGUGGCAAUGGCAGUAGCUGCACUCAUCGCCAUAAUCUCCCUCCACCCGCUUCCUCCUCCGCCCUCGUCCCAGUUCUCGAUAUCGCACCCCCAAAAUAUCGGGCCUGGGAUUCGGAAAUUCAAGACGUAGCGGUCUUCUUUGUUCAUGGUUUGCGCCGCCAGGAUAUCCUGACCUGUGAUAAAGAAUACGGCCGAAUGGUGUUCGGAGGAUGGCAGGCUUUAACAUAUUUAAUGAAUGAGCUGAUCGCGAUUAAUAAUCAUCAAUAUAAACCACUGACAGUUAAAUUGUUGUCUUCCAGGAUCCAGUCAUCAUAUGAACAAGGAGCACUUGAGCAGUUUAAUAUGUCUUCAGACUUACCAAGAAUACCAUCUCGAAACUGGAUCGGCAAAGAAUUCUUGGACAUCGUAUUAAGCUACCCUACACCAGUUCCGACUUCCCUUAUCAUGGCAGCCAGAAUUUCGGCUUCAACUACGCCUGAUAUGUGCUGGUUGUGGGGAGGCCUGGAAUUACGAGGGAUAAAAGAAGCAGCAUUAGCGAUAAGGCAGCAUAACGAUUAUAAGAAUGGCAUUACGUCUAGCCCGCCGCUCCCAGCAGAGAGGUUCUUGAAAAGGCCAAGUUUUGUUCCAGAACACCAAAGUUCAUCGUCCUCGGAGACUUAUGAUGGUGUUCGAGCACAAGAGCCAGGCCAUCGCCCAGCCGUUCAACAAGAAGUUGGUCAAUCAUCUAGUGAUUACCAGGACAACCCUUCAGUUAGUCAAGCAUUGGCUCAUCAACCAUGCGGUACUCAACAGGCUGGUGCUUUCCCGGUUGGAUAUUCACAGGAUUAUGCAAGUGAACAACAACCAGCUUAUCCUGGUCAACCUACUCAGUAUCAAGGAAAUCAGGGUAGUUCUUCAAAUAAUCAAUCGUGGGCUAUACAAUCUUCUACGGGUCAAAUAUCAGCUACUCAAUCAUAUGUAAGUCAGCCAUCUGGUCGGUAUACGGGCGUCCAUUCCCGCGGUUAUCAAAAUGGCCAAAGUGGACACGGAAGUCAAGAUGAUCAGUGUUAUUAUGACCAAGGAAGUGGUCGCUAG